GGUACCCGGCUGUGUGUUUCUGUCCGGACCGGUUUUUCAAACACACCGUUGCUAUGGCGGCGGCCCGCUAACACCGACUAAACCUGGAGAGAAGCAGUGAAUGCUCUGACGUGUUGCCUUCUGGUGUAGUGACGUCACUAUGUCGGUGAACGUCAGCUAGUGUGUUUAUCUUGUGCUAAUUGAAGCUAACUGAGCUAAUUGAAGCUAACUGAGCUAAUCGAAGCUAACUGAGAUAGCAGCAGGAUUAUCCGUUAGCUGACAGGCGGCUAACGCCCAUCAGCUCCGCUUAACAUCCGGAAGUGACCGAUGGGCUGUUCUGCUCACAGGUCAGACUCUCCACACUGAGAUGGACCUCGUUGUCUUCAGACCACUUCUGUCCCCAUGCCGGUUUCAACAUGUCGGACUGUGACCCAGCUGCUGCAGAGGGCCUUCCCGGUCCAGGUCCUGUCCGACCCCCCCUGGCAGAGAAGGCUUUGUCGGAGGCCUUCUCCCGGCUGAGGUACCGGGACACGUCCCUGCUGGUCUGGCAGCAGCAGCAGCAGGACAUGCAGGCCGCCCCCCCCUUCACCUACCUGAGCCGCAGCCAGUCGGCCUGGUACAGCAGCUUUGGGAACCAGGCGGUUCUGGUCCGGGACAAGAAGGGCCUGGAGGUGGAAGAGGGGCGCUCCAGGAUCUGCAGCGUCAUGUAGACCAGAACCAGAGCGGACUGGUUUCACGUGCAUUGAACAGCGCGUGGUUCCGGUGUCAGAGGACGUCAGGAGCGCUAAGCAUUGUGGGAAAUGUGACUGAUUCGAUUGAUCCAUCAUGAGGCUUCGUGGACUGAAUAUUAAACGUCAAAGAGGCUCCA